UGUUCGCUUUUUGCUUGCCCCGUUCUUCCACUCACCCUGAACAAACAGGCUUUGAGGAAAACGACACCUCGACUCCAAAUGACAAUCCCGCGGAAAUUCUGCAAGAGACCAGGGUUCAAAUCCCUGGUGAGAGGUGGUCGUCCACUGACCCUGGCGAGUGUGAAGUUCACGUCACUUCUUGGAACAACAUGGACAAGGAAUCAAAAACUCUGCUGGAAAAGAUUCAAACCCAUUUCUUAAAGUUCUCGGAGGCGGGCGGAACUCUGAGCAAACAGACCUUCCUGCAAGCCCUAGGUGACAGAAAGGACUCGUUCUUCGCUGACCGCUUCUUCCAGUACAUUGACCGGAACCAGGACGGGGUAGUGGACAUGAGGGAACUGACCCAGGGUGCGGCUGUGUUGCUGGGAGGGUCAGACAUGGACAAGAUAGGAUUCCUUCUCUCUCUCUAUGACAUGGACGGCAGUGGGGAGAUCUCCAGAGAGGAGCUACGCAGAGUUCUGACGGCCUGUGUGUUAGAGUCCAACAUGCACUUUAGUGACACG